CACCACGUGGGAAUCAACAGUGACUGAAUCUCAUUCCACACUCUCGACCAAGGGAAAAGAACAAGAAAGUAAUCUUAAAAUAAUCUACACACACAUAACUGUGAUUAUUAUUAUUUGUUUUACUAUUAGGCUGCACUACAUUUGCUGAGUAAUGAAGUUGUGUCAUUAAGAGCUUGACGAAGUGAGAACCUGUAUUAGUGUUUAAGAGCUCAAUAAUCACUGAAUAUACGCUGUAUGAAUGGGAAAGACACGUGUAUCUGGGUUAGAUUCCUAGAAUCUGGGUUAGAUUCCUAGAAUAGGUGUAUCUGGGUUAGAUUCCUAGAAUCUGGGUUAGAUUCCUAGAAUAGGUGUAUCUGGGUUAGAUUCCUAGAAUCUGGGUUAGAUUCCUAGAAUAGAAAUUGUCAAGUGAUUUGUUCAUCUUUGCUAGUUUGUCAAUGUUGAUACGUGUCCUGAAUAUAACUUAAGACGUUUGGUUUGCUCAGGGGUUUUGUUUUACGACUUGCUGGACAAGGAGUGAAACCGUAUUUGUAUUGAAUUACUGGUAAGGUUACAUGAAUCGCUAGAGUUUUAUGUUAUGUUUAUGUUGUUUUGAUCCCCGCCGAGGAAUCAGAUAUUGUUUUUGAUCCCCGCCGAGGAAUCGCAUAUAUUGUUUUAUAUUGAAGAAGGAAAAAGUGUGCCAUCAUCUGUUGUUGGUAUACCGAGCUCCGUGGGAGGCGUCUAUUUGUUUCUUUCUAAGCAGCGAUUGGUCGCUAGUUUUAGUUACUUUACAGAUAGAAAAAGAUAGAAAAAAUGCCGAAAGGUAAAGGCAGGAAGAAGGAAGAGGAGGAGGAAAAAGAUAGCAAUCAAAGUCCCAAUGCAUCCGAACGAAAAUAACAAGAUUCUUUUGAAGUGGAGGUUAGAGAGAUUGAUAUUUAUUCAAUUAGUGAGACUCUGUCUAGAUUCUUCAACGACAGACAUGAUUUGCAAGGAACCGAAAAUAAACUUUGCAUAACAUAUGAGAUAACGAUGGACGACCCCCAAACUAAACGCUGGCCAAAGGAAUCGAUCUGGAUGGUUUUCAAAGACUGGGUAAAGAAGACUAGACGAAGUGAACCAGUUGGGUUGUUACUAUUGUCUCAGUGUAAGCGCUACUUUAUCAAGCAUGUCAGCAACAAAAAGAGAGAUGAAUUGGAAAAGACAACUGCUCACUAUGAAGAUGCUCUGGGAAAGACAAGAGAGCAAAUCAAACUGCUUGCCGAUGAAAUUCGUUUGUUAAAGGAUGAAUUGACUCGGGAGAGAGACCUAUACCAGACGCUAGUCAGAGAAGGACUGAUAGCGGCCCGCCCCCUCGACUCAGGGCCCCCAAGGGGGGGUGACCAAGGCAACGGAGGAGGAGUUUUGGGAGUCUAUGGUCGCAUGUACCCCACACUGCCAUCGUGUGGCCCAGAUGGGGAAUACAUCUUCCCGAUGCAGCCAUCGUCGCCACCUGGUGGUUUACAGGAGUCAAGACACAGUGUUCUCUCAGCCGUCAACAGCUUUAUAGGCGAGUACCCGGUCAUCUGCAGUACCCCCCACGUGCCACGGAAGGGAAAUCCAUCUGCCCCACCUGACUAUGCUAAUCAUGAUGCGAUCCAGAUCCCACAGCAAUUUCCCCCUGUGAGGCCUGGAGCAGUGGCUAAGAAUGAAUCACGCAUUGGAGGAUUUGAUGACAACAUACAACCGCACUGCAGCGUGAUGGGAGGCGCAAUCACACCACACAUCAAGACCACAUCCAAGGAAGAGGAGAGUGAAGAAGAAGACAAAGAGGGAGAGCGUCUUCGCAAGUCUGCCCACAAGAGGGCAGUGAGCAUUGCCUGUCUGAACAAGGUUGAUGAGAAAGACGAAAUAGUUAACCUCAGGCCCUUGAAGAAGAUAGAAAGCGCUGAGGGACGCACAAUCCUCUAUGAACCCUCCAGCCCGAAGAACAUCGAAAAAUGGAGUGUGGAUAUCGACCACCCAAAGAGAGCAGGCCUACAGCCAUGGAUGAAACUGAAACAACUGAUGCUUCUGUACGAACUCCACCCCUACGAUGGGCUUGCUAUAUUGUUCAAACACCUGAGCAGCACUGAGCGCACCCAGAUUCGAUACGAGGUGGAAGAUGCCAUAGGAGAAGACGGCAUGAGACCAGAGAAGGGAUGGGAGGCCAUAAAGGCGUGGAUCCAAAAGCACUCCAAGGCACAGGUCAACUGGACAACAAUCACACGUUGUUUGCAGAAGGAAGACGAGAGUCUGGACCAGUUCAACAAGCACUUCUUCGAAUGUUAUUUGCUGCACUCAGGCCAAACUGAAUAUGAUAUGGACACCAUCGACCAGUCAUAGGACUUGCCUUUGAAGACCAUGUACCUCCAGCAGGUACUGCCGGAGAUCCGAAGGGGAGUAAAGACAAGGUUUCCCGGCUGGGACAACCGAAGCAGCACAAUGGCAGAGAUCAAGGAAUUCGGAGAAAAGGUGGAUCGAGAUGAAGAAGUCAGGAUUCGAUUCCUGGCGGACGAGAAGAAGGGAAUGGCAAGGGAACGAGAAAGAUUCCCCCAGCCCAACAGAGAUAGAGAACGAUUCCUCCCGCCAGACAGACAGAAAGAACCUCGACCAUGCCACAACUGUGGACAAACUGGACACUGGAUAAGAGAAUGUAAAGCCCCUCGAAAGAUGUACCGUGAGCGCCCCAACGAGAAACCAGGGAACGAAAACCGCUCAGACAAAAUGAAGGAACUAUGGAAGAAAUUACAGUCGCAGAGUGGUGAAGAACUCAGCCGCAUAUAGGAUUCAAUGACGGAAACCAACAAUAAAUGACUAGAAACCCCCUCUCUUCGUGCCAUCGCCGCGGCCAUCCGACAAGACAAAAACAGCUUCUACGUAACUGCUUUACUUGAACACCAAUUUGAAAUUGAUUUCUUGAUUGACACGGGUGCCGAAUUCACUACUAUCCCACUACGACUUUUGAAAUCCCUCCACCUCCCCAUGUCAAAAACAAAGAAGAUGGCCCGCAGCGCCGGAGGACACUGCCUCCAGCUUUCACAAACAAAUCCCAUCAACUUUGCUGUUG